UGUCAGUGUACAGGGAUCAUGACGAGCAGAAGACAAUGGUGCCUCUAGCACUAAGCUUGGUGAAGUUUACUCAUUGCGAGAAAGACAUUUACAGCAGUUUUGUUCCGCAGAACUGUCCUAUCUGUGGAGAAAACACAGUGAGCUCCUGGGACGUGGGGCUGGCUCCUGUCAGCAUUCCUUGCCCUUUCAGCGAUGCACACAGUGAGAAAUGCUGCUUUGUACUGAAGCCAACACAAGGCCAAUUUAUAGGAGAGUAUGAUGGCUGCUCAGACCUCCAUGUCGGGAUUACCAGUUCUGAAGGAAUUGUUCACCAUUACAAUGAUACAGGAAUCCACAAAGACAGUGCAGGCUGGGAACAAUGUGUGAGUGUACCACUGGUCCCGCCAGAUCAGUAUGCUCUGAUCCACCAAUGGGAUUCCUAUCUAGAAGAGAUCUCGUCUGCUGAAAAAUGGCUUUUGUACCGAUAUGAUGAACAAAACCACAACUGUUACACUUUCGCUCUGACAUUUAUCAACAGCCUGCUGCAUCUGCAAGGAAAGAAAACUUUUAGCAAAGAUGAAUUUACAGAAAGAUUUGUCUUACCAAGAACUCGACGAGCCUCGAAAUACAUUACCUUGUGUCAUGAGGUAUCCCAGAAUGCUUUUUACAUCACAGAUCACUUCAGUCUCAAACCUCAGGUGAUUUCUGUAGGUAGAAUGGUAUAA